GUUCUUAGAAGUGGUGAUGCAAGAAGUUUCUAGGAAAGGCCGGACACCAGUUCUUUUAAAGGAUCUGCCUUCUCAAGGAGCCUAGUUGGCUAUGCACAAGGAAAGCGCCAAAGGAGCUAAAGGGAGGAAGGGAGGAGAAAACAUGUAACUCUACCGUGGUGGUUACUGACCCAGCGCGGGUGCGGGUUGAUUGGGAUGGGAAGUCCAGGUCUGGGGGCAGCCAGCAAGUGGCAGUUUCUCAUUGACAGCCCUGCUCCUUGGAGAUUGUUUUUGUGGGUAGUCUUUUGUGUGGCAUUAGUGGAAUGGCUGAAUCUAGGAGAUGAGUCAUAUCCAGAACUUGCUGGAAAUUGGCUUUGAGAUUUGGAGCAAGGCUUCUCACCUGGGGCCUCAGUUCCCUCCCUAAUUAAGCAGGGCUGUUAUAAGGAUAAGAUGUAAUCCUGAGGGGUGGGAAAGGACUAAGGGCUCGGUAAAAGUACAAACCAAGUACUGGUGGUGCUUCCACACCUGCGGCAUUUGGUGACAACACUGCCCACACUCAACCCACACACUCAGGAGUUGGGGGGUGGGGCUCUUAAGAAGAGUUGGCUUACAAAGGAGUGAAACUGUGCCUUGUGUAUGUACAUUUGUUUUUGGCCAGGCAGAGGCUUAGGGUGAAAAGCCCAAGGCCUAGCUGACAGUGGACACAGGAGAAUUUGUUUGUUUCAGUCCGCAUCUGGAGUGAGUCAUUGCCACUUGUCAUGGUGAAAUGGCAAAUCUGGGCUUCCUGUGGUUCCAGAAGCCUGCGACUGGAAAUCCACAAGCAAGCUGGUGGUUGAAGCUGGUUAAAGAACAGCCUAGGUAUUCCAGAAGUGUUUGAGGAUCCCUUCCAUGAGGGAAGAGAGGAAAGUUUACAAGUAAACCUCCCGUGUGUCCUCAGCUUUCUUUUGCAAAGGAGAAAAUCCUUGACGUUUGGUAAAGACCGAGUUAGUCUGUCUCUCUUUGCCUAUCUCGAGUUGGGCUGGGGAGAAGAGGAGAUAGGUUCUUUUGUCUUUUUCUGUCCUCUCCCUUCCCCACUUCCUUCCCUCCAGUCCUCACUCGCUCACAUGCACACACUAACCUUGGAGCCGAUGGGAUUGAGUGACUGGCACUUGGGACCACAGAGAAAUGUCAGUGUUUGGUUACAGACUCAAGGAAACCUCUCAUUUUAGAGUGCUCAUUUGGUUUUGAGCAAAAUUUUGGACUGUGAAGCAAGGCAUUGGUGAAGACAAAAUGGCCUCGCCGGCUGACAGCUGCAUCCAGUUCACCCGCCAUGCCAGUGAUGUUCUUCUCAACCUUAAUCGUCUCCGGAGUCGAGACAUCUUGACUGAUGUUGUCAUUGUUGUGAGCCGUGAGCAGUUUAGAGCCCAUAAAACGGUCCUCAUGGCCUGCAGUGGCCUGUUCUAUAGCAUCUUCACAGACCAGUUGAAAUGCAACCUUAGUGUGAUCAAUCUAGAUCCUGAGAUCAACCCUGAGGGCUUCUGCAUCCUCCUGGACUUUAUGUACACAUCUCGGCUCAAUUUGCGGGAGGGCAACAUCAUGGCUGUGAUGGCCACAGCUAUGUACUUGCAGAUGGAGCAUGUUGUGGACACCUGCCGGAAGUUUAUCAAGGCCAGUGAAGCAGAGAUGGUUCCUGCCAUCAAGCCCCGUCAUGAAGAGUUCCUCAACAGCCGGAUGCUGAUGCCUCAAGACAUCAUGGCCUAUCGGGGUCGUGAGGUGGUGGAGAACAACCUGCCACUGAGGAACGCCCCUGGGUGUGAGAGCAGAGCCUUUGCCCCCAGCCUGUACAGUGGCCUGUCCACACCGCCAGCCUCUUAUUCCAUGUACAGCCACCUCCCUGUCAGCAGCCUCCUCUUCUCCGACGAGGAGUUUCGGGAUGUCCGGAUGCCUGUGGCCAACCCCUUCCCCAAGGAGCGGGCCCUCCCGUGCGAUAGUACCAGGCCAGUCCCCGGUGAGUACAGCCGGCCGGCCUUGGAGGUGUCCCCCAGUGUGUGCCACAGCAGUAUCUAUUCACCCAAGGAAACAGUCCCAGAAGAGGCACGAAGCGAUAUGCACUACAGUGUGGCCGAGGGCCUCAAGCCUGCUGCCCCCUCAGCCCGAAAUGCCCCCUACUUCCCCUGUGACAAGGCCAGCAAAGAAGAAGAGAGACCCUCCUCAGAAGAUGAGAUUGCCCUGCAUUUCGAGCCCCCCAAUGCACCCCUGAACCGGAAGGGUCUGGUCAGUCCACAGAGCCCCCAGAAAUCUGACUGCCAGCCCAACUCGCCCACAGAGUCCUGCAGCAGUAAGAAUGCCUGCAUCCUCCAGGCCUCUGGCUCCCCUCCAGCCAAGAGCCCCACUGACCCCAAAGCCUGCAACUGGAAGAAAUACAAGUUCAUCGUGCUCAACAGCCUCAACCAGAAUGCCAAACCAGAGGGGCCAGAGCAGGCUGAGCUGGGCCGCCUUUCCCCACGAGCCUACACUGCCCCACCUGCCUGCCAGCCACCCAUGGAGCCUGAGAACCUUGACCUCCAGUCCCCAACCAAGCUCAGUGCCAGCGGGGAGGACUCCACCAUCCCGCAAGCCAGCCGGCUCAAUAACAUCGUUAACAGGUCCCUGACAGGCUCUCCCCGCAGCAGCAGUGAGAGCCACUCACCACUCUAUAUGCACCCCCCGAAGUGCACGUCCUGCGGUUCUCAGUCCCCACAGCAUGCAGAGAUGUGCCUCCACACCGCCGGCCCCACGUUCCCUGAGGAGAUGGGAGAGACCCAGUCUGAGUACUCAGAUUCCAGCUGUGAGAACGGGGCCUUCUUCUGCAAUGAGUGUGACUGCCGCUUCUCUGAGGAGGCCUCACUCAAGAGGCACACGCUGCAGACCCACAGUGACAAACCCUACAAGUGUGAUCGCUGCCAGGCCUCCUUCCGCUACAAGGGCAACCUCGCCAGCCACAAGACCGUCCAUACCGGUGAGAAACCCUAUCGCUGCAACAUCUGUGGGGCCCAGUUCAACCGACCAGCCAACCUGAAAACCCACACUCGAAUCCACUCUGGAGAGAAGCCCUACAAAUGCGAAACCUGUGGAGCCAGAUUUGUACAGGUGGCCCACCUCCGUGCCCACGUGCUCAUCCACACUGGUGAGAAGCCCUAUCCCUGUGAAAUCUGUGGCACCCGUUUCCGGCACCUUCAGACUCUGAAGAGCCAUCUGCGAAUCCACACGGGAGAGAAACCUUACCAUUGUGAGAAGUGUAACCUGCAUUUCCGUCACAAAAGCCAGCUGCGACUUCACUUGCGCCAGAAGCAUGGUGCCAUCACCAACACCAAGGUGCAAUACCGCGUGUCAGCCACUGACCUGCCUCCGGAGCUCCCCAAAGCCUGCUGAAGCAUGGAGUGUUGAUGCUUUCAAGUCUGCAGCCCCUUCUCAGAAUCUACCCAAAGGAUACUGUAACACUUUACAAUGUUCAUCCCAUGAUGUAGUGCCUCU